AAAAUCAACAGAUUCAUAUUGGUUCACGGUUCUUGAGGUCAAUGUUAUCUUUAAGAUGCAUUUAGAACCUUUAUGGAGUCCCUCUCUUAUCAGAGAGUUCUUACAAAUGGAGAAUAAUUAUUUCAAAAUUAUAAUGUGAGCUGUCACAAAAAUGAACGAUGACAGAAUUCCAAGACGUACUUGGCAGCUCGAUGCCUUCAUCGAUGUUAUUGGCCUUACUCCAAGGGCCCCUCUUGUAUCAUUUCCAGAAAUGUGGUAUCAGAUAUACUUAUGGGCCUUAUUUUCCUCUUUACUUGUUCACGUGAUAGCCGCUAUUGUUGCCUUUGGAACACUUAGGAAACAUCACUUUGGCAAAUUUUUUCCACUGCUCAUCUUGGUCCUGGGUAUGUUUGGACCUUUGGUUUCUGGUGCCCUGUCAUCAGGAGCUAUAGCAUUUGUCUAUCGAGCUGCGUCUCUUCAAAUGUCGCCGCUCUACGCCUGCCUCUGGGGUAUAGGGCAGACGAUGGUAGCGGCAGCCGUUGGCUUUACCAGGAUCUUAGCUACAUUAUAACAUCGUCAUAUAUCAUUACGAAUGCCACCUUCCACCUCCCCUGUAUAAGGUUGAUGACGUUUGUAUACCUUGUGAUAUUUUUAGAAACCUAGUAUACUUUUGCCUGCCAUUGUAGGUGAAUAAUACUAUUCCAUGUGAUAUGUUAAAUGUUUUUAUUGAACGAGAUUUAUGUAUAGUCACUUUUACUGUGUAUUUUAUUUCGUUUGUUUGUAGUAAUGAUCCUGAGAAUUAAAAAAGAUAUCCAAAUAUUACAUUUAGGAUUAAUCUUUUGAUUGUUAAUUUUUUUUAGAGGCAUUGUCUACUAUGAUUUCCUAUAUAAAAACAUUAUUUAUAGGUUGUAACAGGCUUAUACCUCAGUGAUAUCAAUGAUAGUGUGUAAGGUAUGAUCAUCAAAUGAGACUUUUAACAGAUCAUCUACCCCAAAGUGUAAAUUAUUAUCAACUUUGUUUUAAUAUUAAUCUGUCGUUAGGCAUUUCUUUUGAAUUAUGCUGUUGGUUGUUCGAUGAUUAGUGUAUUAGAGUUCAG